UAAAAAUGUUUUUUUUAUUUCUUGUGAGGUAAGAAGAUCCUUCAUGAAUGAAGAAGGCACGUGACCAAACACGAUGACGUCAGGCUUCGAUACAAGAGAAAGGAAUCAACAAGGAGAGCACGAGCUGGCAGUUGGAAGCCGCUGCUGCUUCUUGUCAGUUGAAACCAAACCGAUAUUUAAACUGUGCCGCUGAUGUUUGGUGACGGAGAGACGACGAGGAGGACCUGGACGGCAACAACUCCCAGAGAGCGUCAUUUUUUAAGUCAGGAGCAAGAAGAGCGAGAGCCGAGGCAGCAGCGGUUUAUAGCGAGAGAUCAGAUCAACCAGCAGUACAGGUGGACGCGGCUCUCGUGGCAUGACUACCACAAACAAGGGAAACAAGGCCUUGAAGGUGAAGCGGGAGCCGGGGGAAAAUGGCACCAGCCUGACCGACGACGAGCUGGUGACCAUGUCGGUGCGUGAGCUGAACCAGCAUCUACGGGGCCUGACGAAGGAGGAGAUCCUCCAGCUUAAGCAGCGGCGGCGCACCCUGAAGAACCGGGGCUACGCCGCCAGCUGCCGGGUGAAGCGCGUCACCCAGAAGGAGGAGCUGGAGAAGCAAAAGGCUCAGCUUCAGAAGGAAGUGGACAAGCUGGCCACGGAGAACGCCAGCAUGAAGGUGGAGCUGGACGCUCUGCGUUCAAAGUACGAGGCCCUCCAGAGCUUUGCUAGGACUGUGGCCCGCAACCCCGUCAACUCAGCCAGGGGACCUAUGGCCUCCGUCAUUGGGCCCCUCAUCCCUGGUAAAGUAGGCGCCACCAGCGUUAUCACCAUCGUCAAAUCCAAAACGGAGGCUAGGUCGUAGUAGCAGAAAGGGCGGGAGGAAGAUUUUUCCAAGACUAAACUAGUCAGUGCAUUGUAACACGCCGCAGGAUCACCCGUGUUAAGUUCUCUGUUUUAACCCUUGGCACUAACACUAACAAUACGCUUCCUAAAUUCACCCUUAAAGUAUGACUCAGCAGUCUGUACCCGUCAACAGACACUUUGUGCUUUAGGGUGACACAAUCAAAUUGUAGGAUUUAGGACAUGUCAGCCGGUUGUUGAAGAACGGCGACACAUUAGCAAUACUGAAACCUUUCAUUUAAAAAGCAGAUUGUGGUUACAAAUACUCAAGAAGGCAAUAUUGGGUGGAAAAAAGUACAAAGUGGAAUCAAAUUCAGACUGUUAAUAGCUGUGUGUGUCCGUUUCCUUAAACUGAACUCACUCCGUCCUAAGAAUUGGCAUUUGUAGAGUCUCACAACCAGUAAAAUAAUACAUUUUAGUCCUCCUCACCCCUGGACCCCUUUGCUUGUUAUUAUGCACUGACUUAAAUCUGGAUAAAUAACGUCACACAGUCUUGACGUGGAUGCUACAGAUGUCUUCAUAACAGCCUGACUAACCCAAAACUAGUUAACGAGUCAAAUUUGUGAUUUUUGUGGGUCGUCUGUCGAGAACAUAAGCGUGAAAUAAUGCUCCCAAAUCUAGCAUUCAUUUCUGUUUAUCUGUGACAGGCUUUAAUGAACUUGUCAUUAUCAAUAUGACUGGUAGAUGCAAUAAUAUAUGUAUGCACUGAAAAAUACAAAGAGGUCUUGCAUAUUUAUGGUUAUAAGUGGAAGCGUUAAAAAUGAUCAGCAGUUCUUAAUGAUAUUGUUCCAGAGCUGAGUGCCAUUCCAAUAUGACAAGAUUCUUCUACAAUAUCUGAAUACCUGAAUGUUAUAACAGUAAUAUCCUCGUGUUUUGUGGGCGACGGUGAAAUCCACAAACAUUUUGAAACAUAAUUUUUGCUCAUAGAGAAAAUAUGUUCAAGUUGUUUUGUUUUUAAAAGAUAUAUAUUGCAUUUUUUUUUUUUUUGUAAUUACUUGUUGACAGGGCCGUCGGAUAUUUCCAAAAGAAAAAUCUUUACACAAGCUUUACUGUUUGAAUUGUUAAGGUGUAGAAAACUUUGUCUAAUGUUGAGUUCUUGGUUUUUAUUACUAGGUAGAUUACCUUCCAUUGUUUAUAGAAAUACAGAAAAAGAAAACAAACAAAAAAAAAAA